AUGGAGCCGGUUACUCCCACCAAAUCUGGCGGAGGGAGACAGUUGAGCGGUAGUCCGAUCAAGAUGCAAUCCAAAAAGGGCCUCUUCGUGGAUGGUGUCUGGCGCUGCAAUUGCUCUCCACGAAUGCCAGCUUCCCAUUUCCAGGUCAAGAAGGAAUCAGUGAACAAGGGCCGAUGGUUCUAUACAUGUCAAGAGCCGAAGGAGCAGUCCUGCGGGUUCUUUCUUUGGGACGAUGAUGCAAAAAGUAGGGAGAUGAGGACUGUGCUUCAUAAUUCGAGGUCAGAAGCGGGACCGUCUACAACCCCGAAGAAACCCAACAGCCGAGCAGAAGAUACGGAGCGAAGCGGGGGUUAUGAUACGAUGAAUGGGGGAAAGGUUAUUGAUCUGGACAAGGAUGACGAGGAUGAAUAUGGAGAGUGGCCAUUGGGCGCUGAAGACGAGAUCGAGGCUGUGGAGGCUGCAGAGAGGGCAUCAUCUAUGAAGCCACCUGAGACACCGCGCAAAGCACUGAAGACGAGCGAUUUUUCAACUCCGGGGAGUAAGAGGAUACGGAGCGGAGAAGGUCCAUGGCCUACGCCAGCCACUACUGCAACAACGCGGGAUGAGGAUGUAUUCAGAACCCCCAUAUCCGCUCGUCUAGAACCCUUGGGGCUAGCCAGCGCCUCCAAACGCGGCCUCAUGAGCCCUUCUGCAUCACCAACCCCCAAUCGGCGACUUGAUUUCACUUCUGUGGCUGAGACUCGCGGCAGCAGAUCGGCAGAUUAUGACAUUACAGCAGAGGUCCUGCAGCUGCUUGAAGGGCAGCCAAUCGAAGACGAGACCAUCGCCAAUUUACGGAAUCUACUUAAUCGAUAUGCCCUGAAGAAUUCAGGCAUCGAGAAGGGCCGAGAUGUCACUCGGCUUGCGCUGAAGGCUAGAGACGCUAAAAUCGAAGACCUGCAGCAGCAGGUUGCGACCCUGGAGUCUAAGCGCGAGAUGGACAAGGCCAUUAUUAGGCACUUCAAGGAUGACAUGUCUGCAAGCGUUACCAGGAGAGGUCGAGGACGAGGGCGGGGAAGCUGA